GGAGGCGUUCCCGGUGCCGCUUCUGCGGCUCCUAUUGGGCUGGCUGGCAGCGACGGCGGACGGGGCGCCAGCGCGCCGAGCGGAGCUCGAGCAGGAUGCGUGUUGGCUGGUGGUGGGUUUCUUUGGGAUGCUGCGGAGAAGUGAGCUGGCGGGGCUGCGGCUAGGUGACGUGCAUUCGCUGACUGGUGGGGUUCACGUGGUGCGGAUAACGAGGAGCAAGACCGAUCAGGUUGGGGCAGGGGUGGAUGUGCACCUGGGGGCAUCGUCUGGCAGCGGAGUACGCAUCGGGCGCAUUAUAGGGCGCCACCUAGAGCGGGCCCGCUCAGGGGGGGCGGAGCCCAGCGCGCCGCUCUUCACGCGGGGCCCCCAGUGGGGACCGGGGUCGGAGGCUUGGCGGAAGGAGGGGUUUACGCGUAGGCUUAGGGCGCUCUUAGGAGAGAUGCAGCGCGCCCUGCCACAAAUAGCCGGGCGGGUACCAGAUUACGCGUCCCACAGCCUGAGAAGGGGGGGAGCCACGGCUGCAGCGGAAGGGGGGGCCUCUGGAGAGCAGAUCAAGGCGCACGGGAGGUGGCGGUCGGAGGCGGUGAGCGCGUAUAUCCUCCCCUCCGCGGCGGCUAAGGCCCGCAUUGUGGGGUGCAUGUGAGGUGACGAGGCGUGCGGUGGGUGACAGGGUAAGGGGGGUCCUCUCUAGGCGUGCAUGCAUGCGGAAGCGCGCCUAGAGCCUAAUACGCCGGGGCGGGUUUUGGGGGCUAGAGCCCAUCCGCGCCCGGCUGUUGGUUUUCCCCCUCUCCUGUUGUUCCCCGGAGAGGGUAGGGUGAGGUAUCGGCUAGGUAGCAAACUUGGUUAGUUACAGAGUUGGGUCUCUUAGACGCUGUUCGGAGUCUGGGCCCGCAGGCCAGGUCCCAGGCGGUGUAAGGUGAUGAGGGGUGCGACUCCUCUGGCACUGGAGUGUGUGCGAC